AUGGAUAUAGCUACCCGUAAAUCAGAAUGUGAUUACAAUUCUUUUGCAAGCAUACGCGACCAGUUUUUAUAUGGACUGAUAAUUGAUCUUCAUAAGAUGAAGUCAGAUGAAGACUUUGUCUUCGCUCCUAUUCGUGAUUCAGUGAUAGCGUCCACCUCCAAACACCAUGACGGCAUGCCAACCGCACCGAGUUGGGUGGAUGAUACGCAUUCGACUAGACAAUUUCUUUUUCCCUCAGCAAUGGAAGAUUUAGCCGCGCGGUCUACCUCUACAGUAUGA